AUGGCACAAAAAACUUAUGAUCCAGUCAAUUAUGAUAUCGAGAAUGCUGAAUCAAACAGGUGGAAAAAACAAUUCGAAAUGUUUGAGGCAUGUGGCAAAAAAUCGAAUCCUGACAAUAUAAGCAAAAUCACAUUGAAGUUACAAGACAUUCAGGACGCACAUACGAGAAUAAAAAAUGAUGUUGUUCACACCCCAGUUAUUGAAACCAAAUACAUAGGAAAAGAUUUCUGUAAUGUUUUCCUGAAAUGCGAGAAUUUUCAACAUACUGGAAGUUUCAAAGCGCGUGGCUCUUGUAAUGUUCUAUCUUCUAUGUCCCCUUUUGAGAAAAGUAAAGGUUGUACAGUAUCGGGAAGCCGAAAUUUUCUCUAUGCCAUAUCAUACUACGGCUUUAGACAAUCCGUACCCAUUAAUGUGAUUGUACCAACAAACUGCCCUAUUGCUGACAAGCAGAGGUUCAGAGAAAACUUUGCAAUCGUCAAAGUGCAUGGUAAUGAUAUAAAUGAAGCUAACUUGCAUGCACUUACGUAUUCGUCUGAAAGUGGAUCAACUUAUAUACACGGAUCAGAUCGUUUGGACUUGUUGGCUGGUUACGGCACCCUAGGCCUCGAGUUGCUUACUCAGAUGGACACUAUGGACGCCAUACUGUGUCCAGUGGGUACGGGAGGCCUCGUUGCAAGUAUUGUGCUCGCUGUCAAAAGCCUCAAGCCAAAGUGCCUGAUUUACGGUGUCGAAUGCGCUGCUGCCCCAGCAAUGACAAAAGCUCUACAGGAGAAGAAACCAACCAUGAUACAACCUAAUUCGACUGUUGCCGACAGCCUCACCAACACGAUUAUCAGCAACAAUGCUUUCAAUAUCAUUAGAGGAUACAUAGAUAGAAUGAUUACAGUAGAGGAAGGAUGGAUUUCGAGAGCCAUGAUCAAUAUAAUGGAGCGAGAAAAGAUGAUAGUUGAGGGUGCAGCGGCAUGUCCUGUUGCUGCUAUCAUGGCUGGAAAAGUACCCGAACUUCGGGGCAAGACGGUUGUGUGCAUCUUAACGGGAGGCAACAUUAACAGUAGCCGCGUGUCCCGAGCGAUCGACCGCGGAAUGGCUGCGGCGGGUCGGCUAGUGAAGUUCAGCGUGACUAUACCCGACGUACCGGGUGCUAUGGCCAAACUGCUAUGCCGAGUUACUGAACAAGGGGCCGAAAUCAAGAGCUUCGUCCCGGAGCGUGCCUGGAUGCGACGAGAUAUCUUUAGUGUUUCUGUAAAUAUGCUACUCGAAACCAGUGACUUUAACCAUGCAAAAGUAUUGGAGAAGAAGUUGAGCAAGGAUUAUCCUCAUUCACAUUUUAUCAUGUUAUAA